CAUUUUGUUGUUUUUGGGUAUAAUUGAUGUUUUUUAAGUGUGUUUGGUGAUGUUCAUUGUGUUUUAACUGUUAUAAAUGCAUUUUGAGGGAUUGUAUGAUGCUUUGAGUUCAUUUUUAGUUAAUUAUGAGUGUUUUGAAUUAUCUGAGUGUGUGUGUGAGUGGUCUUUAGGAUACGUUUGGGUGUGUGUUGGCCGUCGGGGGCGGGAGUUGAUUUGGGUGUAUACUGAGUGUUUCUAAAGAGUUUUAGGUGUGUUUAUUGGUAUUUUGAGGUGUUGCAUGGUGUUUUGUCCUAGUGUUGAGUGUUUUAAAUGGUUUGGGGUGUGUUUCUCUCUAUGAUACAAUGACUGUAGCCAGUGACAGCUAUCAUGAAAAGAUGAUAAAUGUUGUCCUUGGUAAUCUCCAUUAAUUUCAGUGUGGCGCUUUGAUGAGGAUAACCUAUUUAUGUUUGACUGUAUUAUUGUCACGAUUGACGACAAUCAAAGUUUUUUCUCUUCUGCGUUUGAGGGACGUAACCCUGUUGGUAAGACUUCACCACGUGACACGCUCCAUCAUCGUCACUAUCAGGUAGUAAACAAACGGGAUGAAACACGCUCAAAUUCAAACCAGACAUGAUGGAACAGAGCGAGAAUAAAGAGAAUGUACUCCUGCACAAAGAGAAAACUGCAGAUGAUGUCGCCGCGGACAACACUAAUAAGAUGCCAAAGAUAGAGGAUUUCCAGUUCCUCAAACCAAUAAGUCGUGGAGCAUUUGGGAAAGUAUUUUUGGGAUGUAAGAAGGAAAACCCGUCUCAGCUGUAUGCCAUUAAAGUUGUCAAGAAGUCUGAUAUUUUACACAAGAAUAUGGUGGAGCAAGUGAUUACCGAGAGGGAUGCCUUGGCAAGAACAAAGAGUCCAUACUGUGUUCAGCUGUAUUACUCUCUUCAGACAGCAUCUAAUGUUUAUCUUAUCAUGGAGUACUUAAUAGGAGGUGAUCUGAAGUCUCUCUUGGCCAUUUAUGGUUAUUUUGAUGAGUCUAUGGCCACCUUCUAUGCUGCAGAGUUGGGACUUGCUCUUCACUAUCUACACAGUCACGGAAUAGUACACCGUGAUGUGAAGCCAGACAAUCUUCUUCUUGACAACAAAGGUCACCUGAAGUUAACUGACUUUGGGCUCAGCAAAAUUACUCUUCAUAAAGCACGUAUUUCAGACAUUACUGGAACACCCACUGGCAACUUGCCGGCACAGCUCUACAUGAGGACUCCUGGCCAGAUUCUUUCCCUUGCCUCUCAGCUUUCCUUUAGAUCUGAAGAUGGUAACUUAACCCUGGAUACCUCUCUAGUCAGUGAUCAGAGCACUCUAAGCAAUGCAGGCUUGAAGAAACUUUCUUCAAGAAGUCAUAGUUUCACCCAAAGGGCACAGAGAAAUCGUGGCAGAGUGGCAACACAUGUUAACAGCUCAAUGCAGUCCACUACACCUUGUAGCAGAAAUAGUGGUGCAGUCUCUCCUGCAACUGUUUCACCUACUGUAAAGAAGGAAUGCCCUGCAGUGGAAGAAUCACCAAAUACCAAGAGAUAUGGUACCUUCUCUGACUUAAAGAGGCACUUUGAUUUUUCAAGUGUUUGCUCACCAAAGGAACAGUCAGACCAGGAAGUGAAGAGCAGAGUGCCUUCUCCAUGCACACCAACAUUUUACACACCUUGUCAGUCUCCACAUGAAUGUCAGUUGGUCUAUGCUUCCCCCAAAGAAGGUGAUAUCUCUAGUGACUUCGAUGUGUCAUCAGUUAGUGAUUUUGGACAUGAGAGUGGCAUCCAUCCCCUCUCUGUGCUUCACUCCAGAGACAACAGUUUAGAUGACAUCAAAGAAGAAGAUACUGAAGACAUCAAGACCUUAGGUGAUCACAUAAAUACAAGCUCGCCAAAACAUGUAUCAUCCACUACUGCUGACUUGACAUGUUUACAUGAAUCUGACUCAUCCAUGCAGAGUCUUAACCAAAUGGUAACUAAUGAAUUGAGUCACAGAAAGCAUAGAGAAAAGAGAAAAGAUCCUAAUGCAGACCAAUCAGUUGAUGUAUGUGAAAACAAUCCUUCUCUAAAAGAUGACUCUUGCAUUUCUGGCUAUAGUGAUGAUGUUUUCCUUGAUGAGGCUAGUAAUGCCAGUAGCUUAGAACAUUUUGACUUGAAUGCAGCACCCAAAAGUACCAAUGAAAAUGACUUGAACAAGCUUCACCCACGCCUCCGAGCACUUUCUCAGCUGACUGACUAUGUGUCUCCAGUUGCUACUGUAGUUAACACUCAGUCAACCAAGUCCAAAACAGUUUUCUCAGCAGAUAUUACUACUAGUUCUCCUGUUUCUCCAAACUUCAGAAAAUGGAAUCAGACUUCCAAAUUUCCAAAAGCUACAGGUCAAACAAUCCUAAAGAUGACUGUUUCUGAUUCUGAAGUGCCUGCAGAGAACACAGAUUUUUCAAAUAAGGAAAUUAUCAGUACAGAUCAAAGACAAAACAAUUGUGACGAUAUACAAGAGACUGAUAACUCAUCUGACUCCAAAGAAAACACAACAGUUGAAGACGCAGUGCAUCAAACAUCACACAGCAGAGCUCAGCAUGCCAUGGUAAACUUUAAGGUACCAUCUUAUGCCCGAGGAGUUAAGCGACCAAUGAGUUCCGCUUCUUCAACCUCUCCAGUAACAGCCAGUAGUGGACCUCACUCAACAGGACUCACAAGAACCUUUGGAAAAAUUCAUUUUGAUGAAAACACACCAAAGAAGCAAGAUACCAAGAGAUUGUGUGUCAACAAGCAGAGUAGGACUUCUUACAGGACCUUGAAUGAGGGACAGAAAACUCCUGACAAUCAAAUCAAAAGAGAUAGUGGAGUAGAACUGAUAGCACAAAACAGUGUGAACUCUCCAGAUGCAACCUUUGAGCUUGUAAGAUGGUACAGUGAGAGUGACAUGAGCAUUGAUGAGGCCGAGAGGAAGCCUAAUGCUAAGGGGAAUCCCUCGCCAUCAGCUGUGAGUUCUGCUUCACAUGCUUCCCGCUCUCAACAUUUCUUAAGUUACCACACUCCUGCAAGGAUACCUAGCAUACCAAGUAGUCCUCUGCCAGAGUUUGGACAGACACCGCUGAGGGCUCCCAAGAGUGUGAGGCGUGGAGUUCAACCUAUUGGGUGUGAAUCCCGCAUAUUAGGCACCCCUGACUAUCUUGCACCUGAACUGUUGCUUCAUCUUGGUCAUGGGCCUGCAGUUGACUGGUGGGCUCUAGGAGUGUGUCUCUUUGAGUUCAUGACAGGCAUCCCACCUUUCAAUGAUGAAACUCCUGAGGCAGUGUUUCACAAUAUCUUGCAAAGAGAUGUCCCUUGGCCUGAAAAUGAAGAGGCUCUCUCCAAGGAGGCUGUGGAGUGUGUAGACAAGCUCUUGGAGUAUGACCCCAAGACUCGAGCAGAUUUUGAAUAUAUGAAAACUACUGCCCUUUUCUCUAAUAUUGAUUGGAUCAACCUAAGCAGCACUCAGCCACCCUUCAUUCCUCAGCCAGACGAUGCAAUGGACACAACCUACUUUGAAGCUCGAAACAAUAUCCAACAUCUCACUGUCUCCAACUUUGACUUGUGAUGCAAAGUUUGAUUUUUCAGAGCUUACUUAUUUGAUAUUUAGGACUAAGUGCCUCAAAAGUUUUAUGCUUUAUACUUUUUGAAUGCUGUACACUUUAUUUCAAUAGUAUAAUCCUACAAACUAUUUCUGUGCCAAAGAAUUAUUCGAAUUGAGCAUGUCAUUCAUAAUUGACAACUUACCUGUCCAUAUGCUAACUUUCACGGUUCGUUAUCAGUUUUACUUUAAUUGUAUUGAUAAUGAUUCUCUACAUUAAACCCUGUGUAAGUUGGAUUCAAAUAAGCCUUAUAUCAGAUAAGUCGGACUCUAAGGAUUUUUCUUUUUUCUUUAUUAUGUUCUAUCCCGAGUGCACCAAUAGGCAUUUUUUGUCCUUUCAUUGAGUGAUUUUAAUCAACUAUGCUUAUAUAGUAAAUACCCCUGAUAGCUCAUACAUUGUCCAUAUUGUUUGAAAUUGCAAGGCAUCAUGUCCUGUCUUAUCAUAGAAAUGAGAUAUCUGUGGAGAACCUUGGUCUCCUCACUCGGUCUUUUUGGUCACAUUGUAGUAAACUGAUUGAAGCUUGGUGGAUCUUAUAUUUGUACCACUAUUCUUAUUUCUGAAUAUAUAUACUGUAUAUUGUAGUUAAGCUAUAUGUAUAUAGUGGAAUGCCAUCAUGUAUUAUAGUAUUGUAGAGGCUUUUCAGUUAACUUUUAAGUGAUUAUUUAUAUUCUGCAGCAUUCACAAGAAUGGAGAUUAUUAUUUUUUUGUAAUCAAUAUCUAUUCUAACUUAAAUACAUUUGAUAUAGUAAGCAUUGACUCACCAGUUGGUGUGAAUGUUUCAUAGAUUUAAAUGCAUUUACUCAGGCUUUUUAACUUGUGAUAUGCAAUAAAUAAGAUAAUUUACUGAUA